GAUUGAUUUCCGCGCCAAAUAAGAUAUAAACAUUGAACAGGUGUUUUCGUAAAACAUAUCCUAAGAUGUUCUGAAUAGUUCUCAAAGUUAUGCUUAAAAGCAUUCAAAACACGUCGGUCAUUCAUAUUACAGUCACCAAUAUUUAUCAUCAUGUUUGCGUCUCCGGGAAAAAGGAAAUAUCCAUUCAUGAAUCAGGAGAUCUGUCACCAAACUGCAAAUGUUCAACACCGUAUCUUGGCGGAUUCACAAUAUUUUUUACCGAAAAGAGUCUGCACUGGUAACCAGGACAGUACAAACCAAGUACGCCUAACAACAAUCCGGGAAGAAAUGUUCAACUCAAUGCAAACAAGUCACACCAAGAUGUCUGUAAAUCAACCUUCAGCAUCACCACUUAUUCAUGGACAAACUACAGAUGACUGUUCAAUGGAGAUAAGUUCUGAUGAUCAGCAUUAUGUAAAUAAUAAUCUUAACAACAACAACAACAACAGUAUUUGUGAGAGCAACAGGCAAAAGACUGCAAGGUGUGCACGCUGUGAGGCAGGUCAAGGGGGUCAUUUUCAACACAUAUUUCACUGACAGUUGACAGAAGGAUGUACACAAUAGUGCCAUGGUACUACAUAUUCAGGAGGAAAAAACACCGGAUGAUGAAGAACUUAUCUUUUUCUAUCAGGGCCGUCAUGUUAGCAGUUUGUGUACAAUUUGCUUUGAUUAUUUAACACUAAAUUUUUAAUUGAUAAAAGGCUUCACAAUGCAUAGCUUUCACUCUACCAUUGAAUUUGAUUAUUGGCUAAUUAUAUAAACCAACCUUUUUGUUUUGUUUGUUUCCCUUUUUGGAUCUGGGGUUUGGAAAGAAAUCAACUUUUGACCAUGCAAAUAUCAAGCCCUGUCUAAUUUUUCAGAUUAAAAAUGGUGUUUUUAGGAAAAUAACAAAUUUUCACAAUUUUGUUGAAUGACUUGAUAUUUUUUUUAAUUUUGGUGUAAUUUAACUGACAAUGAAAGUUGAUGAAAAUUGUUGUUGAUGUCUAUGCAAUAUAUCAGUAGACAUUUUUAUAUUGAUCAUUCAUUUUUGAGAAUAUAUUAAGAUUGCAAGUGUUGCAUGCUAUGACAGUUCAUUGGUGUCUCAUGAAUGAAAAUUCAUCUGUAAACAUACAGGAUUAAAAAAAAAACAUUUACAUUUAAAACUUGAGGAUGGGCAGGUGAGGAGUGAUAGAAAUAUGUAAAUUUUUAUUUUUAUUUACAUUUUACUUUUACUGCAUUUUUUGAUUAUUUUAAUUUUUGUAUAAUAACAUUCUCUUUACUGUAAGCGGCAUAUUUCUAUAUGAUAUAGUCAUACUCUCCCUCCAUAUGUUUAACUCAUUCACCACUAAAGACACAUUUGAACUCUUCCAAUUCAAACAUUGGAAUAGUUCAUUAUGACACUUCAGGGGUGAAUGAGUUAACUUGACCACUACAACUUUCACGAACAUGUUUUAACAGUGAUCAUGUUGACACUAUUCUCAUGUCAUAACUGUCAAACCAAAACAUAGACAAUUUUUCCAGAACAUGAGAUAUUUAUCUUUAUAUGGUGUCUGCAUUGUUAACUUGGGAC